AUGCUGCAGACAGAAGUCCCCGCUGGUUCUGAGAUCACCACAGACAUAAGUGUCUGCUGCCCUGCCUUGACCACUUCUCUCAUGCUCAGACGCAGCAAGGUUUUCUUCUUGGCCUGUUCUCUUGGCCUGGGGCCACUUCUCCCUUCUGCCCUGCUUAAUGAGAAUUCUCCAGCUAACUUCUGGGAUUCUAAAAAUAGGGGUGUGACUGGAACACAAAAAGGGCAGAUUGUAUGGAGAAUUGAGCCUGGGCCAUAUUUCAUGGAACCGGAGAUUAAGAUCUGCUUCAAGUACUACCAUGGCAUCAGCGGCGCCUUGCGAGCCACGACACCUUGCAUCACCGUGAAGAACCCUGCGGUGCUGAUGGGAGCUGAAGGCAUGGAAGGAGGGGCUCCUGGGAACCUGCAUUCUCGCAAGCUCGUCAACUUCACGCUGUCAGAUCUUAGGGCAGUUGGGCUAAAGAAAGGCAUGUUCUUCAAUCCCGACCCUUACCUUAAGAUGUCCAUUCAGCCAGGGAAGAAGAGCAGCUUCCCCACCUGUGCCCACCAUGGGCAAGAGCGGAGGUCCACCAUCAUCAGCAACACCACCAACCCUAUCUGGCACCGAGAGAAAUAUUCCUUUUUUGCACUCCUCACUGAUGUCUUAGAGAUUGAAAUUAAAGACAAAUUUGCCAAGAGCCGUCCCAUUAUCAAGCGCUUUCUGGGGAAACUGACCAUCCCGGUUCAGAGGCUGCUGGAGCGACAGGCCAUUGGGGACCAAAUGCUCAGCUACAGCCUUGGCCGGAGGCUUCCAGCAGACCAUGUGAGCGGGUACCUCCAGUUCAGAGUGGAGGUGGCAUCCUCUGCCCAUGAAGAUGCAUCUCCAGAAGCUGUGGGCACCAUCCUUGGGGUUGGGACCAUGAAUGGGGACCUAGGGAGCCCCUCAGAUGACGAGGACCUGCCUGGGAGCCAUCAGGAUGGCCCGGCAUGUGCCAACGGGCCCAUGUCUGAGGACAGCACAGCCGAAGGGACGCCUAAGCACUCUCUUAGGACUAGCUCCACUCUGGAGAUGGACACAGAGGAGCCAAUCUCCAUGUCCUCACGGGCCUCACCUCCCCGAGGAUGCCAGGACUCGCUCAAUGAUUACUUAGAUGCACUGGACCACAAUGGUCACGCCAGGCCAGGAGCCACAGCCUGUCCCGAGAGGGCCGUGAGUGCCUCUCCCAAACUGAGGAGCAGUUUCCCCACUGAUACGAGGCUCAAUGCCAUGCUUCACAUUGAUUCGGACGAAGAAGAUCAUGAGUUUCAGCCAGACCUGGGGUACCCAUCCUCCCUGGAGGAGGAGGGAGGGCUGGUCAUGUUUAGCAGGGCAUCCAGAGCAGAUGACCGGGGCCCCACAUCACAAGCCAAGCCAGAGGACAACUCCGCUGAGGGUGAAGAGGCCUUUACUCAUGAGGCUGCUUCCUUGGAAGACAAGCCAGAAAGUCUUCCUGAGCUGGUAGACGGCUCCUCACCCUUGGCCCCUGACCCUGACGAAGGCCAGGGAGGCCCAGAGUCUCAGCCCACCAUCGACCAGGUCUGUGCUGACCCAUGUGACUCCCAGGAGGCCGAGCAGUCCAUGAACGGGCCGGACACUGGCAUGUCCGACACGUCUGGGGGCAGCCGGAGGGCCAUGAGUGAGGCUGAGUCCCUGGACCAGGGCUCCGAGCCCUCCCAGGUUUCCUCCGAGACUGAACCCAGCGACCCUGCCAGGACAGAGAGCGUGAGCGAAGCCAGCACGCGGCCUGAGGGGGAGAGUGACCUGGAUGGGGCUGACAGUUCUUGCCAGGAGAGUGUGGCCACGCAGCUGUCCUCAGUGGAGACGCGCUGCUCCUCCCUGGAGAGUGCACGUUUCCCGGGCACCCCAGCCUUCUCCUCUCAAGAGGACGAGGAGGGCGCCUGUGCAGCUGAGCCCCCUGGUGGCCCUGCCCCCAGCUCACAGGACACUGUGUGCACCCCUGGCCCCCUGCCCACCUUGCAGGUGCCUAGCCAAGAGGAAGGGCCAGGGGCUGGGCCAGCGCCACGACCCGAGCAGGAGGAGCUGAGUGAGGUCUGGCAGCGGAGGGGCAGCCUGGAGGGGGCUGCUGCGGCUGAGCGUUCACCCCAGGAAGAUGGCAACGCUCGUGUUGCCCAGGAUGCCUGCGAGGGGGCUGCAGCCCAGGAGGAGGGCGCCACCGGAGGUUCGCAAGCCAACGGCCACCAGCCAUUGCGAUCGCUACCCUCAGUGCGCCAGGAUGUCAGCCGAUACCAGCGGGUGGAUGAGGCCCUCCCACCAAACUGGGAGGCACGCAUUGACAGCCAUGGCAGAAUCUUCUAUGUGGAUCACGUCAACAGAACCACGACGUGGCAGCGGCCAACAGCUCCCCCAGCCCCACAGGUGCUGCAGAGAUCCAACUCCAUCCAGCAAAUGGAGCAGCUGAACCGGAGAUACCAGAGUAUUCGCAGAACCAUGACCAGCGAGCGGCCGGAGGAAAAUGCCAGUGCCAUGGAUGGGACAGGGGAUGAGGCUGACUUCCACCAAGCCAAUGCCGAUUUCCGACGGGAGAACGUCCUGCCUCACUCUACCUCCAGGUCCAGGCUGACGCUGCUGCUGCAGUCUCCCCCCGUGAAGUUCCUCAUCAGCCCUGAGUUCUUCCCUGUGCUGCAUUCCAACCCUAGUGCCUACCGCAUGUUUACAAACAACACAUGUCUGAAGCACAUGAUCACCAAGGUCCGCAGGGACACCCACCACUUUGAGCGCUACCAGCACAACCGGGACCUCGUGGGAUUCCUCAACAUGUUUGCGAACAAACAGCUGGAACUGCCCAGGGGCUGGGAGAUGAAGCAUGACCACCAGGGCAAGGCAUUCUUUGUCGACCACAACUCCCGCACCACCACCUUCAUUGACCCCCGGCUUCCCCUCCAGAGCAGCCGGCCCACGAGCGCCCUGGUCCACCGGCAGCACCUGACCAGACAGCGCAGCCACAGCGCGGGGGAGGUAGGAGAAGAUUCUCGACAUACAGGACCACCAGUUCUUCCCAGGCCAUCCAGCACAUUCAACACAGUCAGUAGGCCGCAGUACCAGGACAUGGUUCCAGUGGCUUACAAUGACAAGAUUGUUGCAUUUCUGCGUCAACCCAAUAUCUUUGAAAUUCUACAGGAGCGUCAACCCGAUCUCACCAGGAAUCAUUCACUCAG